AUGCGCGCCACGGCACUGCUGGCCUGCGCGGCCUGGGCGCUGGCGCCGCAGCGACCACAGCGCGCCCAGCGCACGACGACCACGGCCGUCCCCAGAUUGAACAACCCGAACCUCGGCAAGAACGGCGAAGUCCGCAUCGAGGCGACGCCGUCCGCACGAACGGGACUGCCCAUCGGCAGCGGCGAACUUGGGAGCAUGGCCUUCGAGGGUGAUUAUGUGGUCCACUACGAACGCGGCGUCGCGAGAUAUGCAGGACGGGUCCAGGGCGAGCACGACUCUUCAUCAAGUGAACCUCCUAUCUUAUUGCGGUUCGCUGAUAAAACUGUAGCUCUAGAGCACGCCGAGGCCGCCCGUCUCACCAGAUUGCGAGGGUCCGACGAGGUCGUGGACCUGGGCGGACCUGUCAAGUCCGAAGUGGCAACACCGACUCUGUCAAAAGCUCGCGUGCCUCCCUCCCAGAAGCCGCCCACCUUGUCCAAGUGGGCUCGACCGGACGUGUGGCACCGGAAACGCGACCGGGCCGAGGCGGCUUCGCGAGACCACGCGCGGGAAUUACUGACGAUGGCGGCAGCUCGCUCGGCGAGGGAGCGCCAGCCGCUCGACGCGUUGACCGCUGCUGACGAAGCUUUGUUAGAUGCAGGCCUAGGCUUCGACAUGACCGCGGGGCAGCGGCGCUGCUGGCUCGACGUCGAGGAGGAUUUAUGUAGAAGACUCGCGCCGAUGGACCGAUUGGUGUUCGGGGACGUGGGUUUUGGGAAGACGGAGAUGGCCAUUCGGGCCGCGCUGCUGGCGGUGCGCGGCGGGCGGCAGGUCGCGGUCGGGCGCGGCGUCCCUUUUGAACUUCGCGUCGCGGCGACGUCUCCUCGGCGGCGUGGGGGCUCCUGUGCUUGGCCGUCCGCUCUCGACGCCAUCGACGCGGCAUCGGCUCGAUGGCGUCGAGCUGGACGGACCGUCGCGACGCCUUCGGAGAGAGACGUACACACGGUGGCGCGCGGAGAAACAACAACCAACGCGCAGUAAUGACAAUACAAAACCGCAGGUCCUCGCGCCCACGACGGUAUUAGCAAGGCAACAUUUAAAUGUUUUCAGAAGAAGACUGGGCCCGCUCAACGUCUCCGUCGAACUGUUGGUCGCGCCGCGACCCGGAGAGACGGUCGAGGAGGGCCAGCCUAAUCCAAGACAAGAAGCUAGACGUGUGCGAGCGGCGGUCGCUUCCGGUGCUUGUGAGGUGUGUGUCGGCACGCACGCUCUCCUGUCGCCGCGGCAGCCGUGGCGCAAUCUGGGUCUGGCGGUCGUCGACGAGGAACAGAGGUUUGGCGUGCGGCAGAAGGAGCGCUUCAAGGCCGCUUGUGUGGAUGUUGAUGUUCUGACACUGUCCGCGACGCCGAUCCCGAGGACAUUAGGUGCGGCGUUGGCGGGCCUGCGGGACACGUCUGAAUUGCCCGAAGCGCCGCCGGGUCGAGGCACGACCGCGUCCAUCGUAAGAAGGGACGCGCCGGGCUUGCCCGAAGAUGAAGCAUUUAUCACUGCUCUAUUGAGGAAAGAGCUGAGCCGAGGCGGCCAGUGCUUUUACGUCGUGCCGCGCAUCGCGGAUAUUGAGGACGCGACGGAGAGGAUAGAAGACGCUUUACGGUCGUUGGACCACCCCGCCGUUGAUGACAAUACUACUGUAGCGGUAUCAGUAGCGCACGGCCGCGUGCCGGACGCGGGAAAAGUGGUGCAGGCCUUCUCGCAAGGUAGCAAUGAGACGAGACCCGUGUUGCUGGCGACGUCACUCGUAGAAAACGGCCUGGACCUACCGAGAUGUAACACGAUUGUCGUCCAGGAUGCGCAUAUGUUCGGGCUCGCGUCGCUGCAUCAGUUAAGGGGUCGGGUCGGUCGCGGGUCGGUGCCGGCCGUGGCGGUGUUCCUGCAUCCUGCUGAUUCCGAGAGAACGUUGGCAGCUGGCGCUCGCCUAAGAGCCGUGGCCGACGCCGACGCGUCGACGGGGCCCGAAUUAGCGAGGCGGGACCUCGAAAUUCGAGGUGCCGGAGCGUUGCUAGGGACGAAGCAGUCCGGCCGAGCUUCUCGCGCCGUCGGCGACGAGAUGUACGCUUCUUUAUUAGUGGCGGAGCUAGGAAGAUUGAGAGCACUGGACGUGAAGAAGUCGCAGCAGUGCGAGUGCUUUCUACCUUUAUCAAGGCGGCUGCCCACGGAUGAAGCGCUCAAGGCGACGCGGACCGCCUCAACGCCGGCGGAGACGAAGAAAUGUGUCAGGCAGGCCAUCGAUUGUGGCGUCGACGCGGGCGCGGCCAAGGCGUGCGCGAAGGUGCGGUUGUUGGAGUUACACGCCGCGCGACUGGGUAUCGUGGACAUCGCGUUAGAAACAAAAGAACUCAAUGACCUGACGACGCCCCACGGUUUGUUAAGUGCCCCAGAGCUCGACCCCAAGACCUGGAAGCUGCUCCGGAGCGAAGUGCCGGAGGGGCCGCGCGAAUCGUUCCGCUUCGACGAGUUCGCCGGAAGGAUUGAAUGUGUCCGGUUGGGGGCCCUAUCUCCGGCGAAGCAGGUCGACUUUUUACUCGAGGCUGUUUUACAUAUGGUCGGCUUCCUAGAUCGGGUCAACCAGGUCGCGCCCGCGCUCAAGCCCGUGGCGGUCUUGAACGAGACCGCGGCGAACGCGACGGCGGCCGAGGAGGAGGUUUUCGCCCGAUAGUGUGUUGCUCGCAUAAUUUCGUGUAUGUUAUGUUCGGGCGGAGAGCUUUGUUUUGCUAGGGACACCUAGUGUCUUACCGUCCGCUAGCCUGUGUGAGAGCGCCGCGUUUUGCGGGACAUAUUCGGCUUACACACAUUGGCUGGAGGCUACAGCUGACAGAAGUGCAUGUCCCAGCUCGUAGAUGCGACUGCUGCGCUGUCGGUGGAUGACGAGCGCCCGCAGGAGUAAUUCCCAGCGCCCUCCAGUCUCCGUGUUCUGUCGCAUAACUCGCACAGAUCGCCGCCAGGAAUAGCCGCCGGACGCGUGACCCGUCGCAGGUUCGACGCCGAGCCCGGCGUACACAUCAAGCUCGACAAGCGCGGCGAUGGCGUCGCGCCCGUCGAGGGCGACACGGUCCAGGUUAACUACAGCGGCCGUGUGAAGGGCAAGAAGACUGAAUUCGAUAAGAAUGACGGCGGCUACCCCUUCGAGUUCACGCUCGGCGAGCGGAAGGUCGUGGCCGGCUGGGAGUCGGCGCUGCCGAAGCUCCGCGUCGGAGAUCAGGUGACGCUUACCUUAGCGCCCGAAUUUGGUUAUGGAGAGGCGGGCGACUCCGACGAUAUACCGCCCAAUGCCACACUCUGUGCAUAAAUCAUGGCCUCCACGCCAUCGAUGCGACGAGCUCGAGCGUGCACCCGACUCACUUUUUGGUUUGCGUACAGGCCACACUCAUCUUCAAGGUCGAAUUGGUCGGCAUAAAGGACCGCACGAAGGGCUCGGGCGAGUCCGAUAGAGAGCGCCUCGCGCAAUUGCGCGCCGAGCGGGAACAAGCCGCCGCUGAAGCGAAGGCCAAAAAGGAGGCGUUGAAGGCCGCCAGUGCUGACAAGCAGAACGCGCUCAAGGAGUGCGCGCCCAGCGUCUCGGACACGCGCGGCGAUGGCGUGCUCUGGAGUAGUUCCGUGACGGCGUCGCCCCGCGCAGGAAAUUGGCCAACAAAGGCAAAAAGGGCAAGGGCGGCGGGAAGAAGGCCUGGGCGCCCAAGGCUCCCAAGGAGAAGAAGUCUCCGAAAGCGAAGGGCAAGAAAACGCCCGCUUGAGUAACGACACAGUGGAUAA